AUGACCUUUGCCGCCGCCUACUCAUCGGAAACUCGUAAAUGGAGUGACAUAGUCUCCAUUGAGGAACCGAAUGCCAUCGAGACGACGGGGCACAGUGCUGUUGUGGGAAACAAGGUCUAUUUCCCAUGUGAGGAGACCGACAGUCUCGUCGAGUAUGACAAGGCUGGGCAAAAAUUGUCGGUGAUUGCGCUAGCUGAAGAAGAGGACGAUGACCUGCCGUGGCUUGACCUCAUGGGUGUGGAGGACGGGAUGCUGCUGUUAGCGACUAUGAUGAACUUUAGACUCUGCCUAUGGUCGAUGGAGGCUGGUCCCAGCAAAACUGCAGUAUGGGUGCGACGCAGAGUUAUCGAGCUCGAACCGUUGCUCCCUGCUACUGCCCUCAUUCGCAUGUGGGUGGUUGGUUUUGCGGAAGGUGUUGGUGUCAUCUUCCUGAAUACAAAGGCUGGGCUGUACACGGUUGAGCUCAGUUCAGGCCGAAGCAAGAAGGUGCACGGAGGGACAUCUUUCCGAGAAGUCAGGCCCUACAUGAGCUUCUACACUAGAGGCACAGACUAGCCUCAUACUGUUUUUCAAACAUGCACAUUAAGUUAUGAACA